AAAUGGCAGAUUAUUUAGGGAUGAUUAGAUGUGAUGAGAAAAAAAAAUAUGCUUAGAAUAUUGAUGUAAUUAAAAAUAUAAAUUAAAUGUUUAUUUGAUUAUUGUUGUUAAUAUGAUUAUUGUUUUUAAAUGAUGAUAUCGGCUAUGAAGUUUUCUGUAACAUCAACUGGGUUAAAUAAAAAAAAAAAAAUACCGCCCCCAAUUUUUUGGGACAUCAGUGACGAAUGCAGUGAAAUAAAUUUAUUAAUUUGGAUUUUGUAAAAUAAAAAUUUGACAAAUAAAAUACCAAUGAUUUUGUACAUCACUGGCAAGGUCUCUUCUGGGUUAUUGUUAAAAUAGAUCAUACACAUCUUCAUUGAAGAAUAAGAGAGAAAAAAAAAGUAAAUUUUUAGAGGAAAAAAAAAAAUAAUUAAAUAAAAAAAACAAGUUUAAUUAAUUUUUUUGAUAACCAUGGCUGCAAGAUCGUUGGUACGAUAUGCACAAUCAAAAAAUGUAACACCUCAAAUACAUCGUUGUGCAGCAUCAUUGUCAGGUUUUGAAAUACAACAUAAGACUCCAAUAAUAUCAAAACGAAUGCCAAUACCAAAGGCACAUUAUGGUGGUCGUCAUACUGUGUCAUUGCUUCCUGGUGCUGGUAUUGGUCCAGAAUUAAUGAAAUACGUCAAAGAGGUAUUUGUAUUUGCUGGUGUACCAGUUGAUUUUGAAGACAUUGAUAUUAAUCCAAAUGCAGAUAAUGAUGAUGAUUUGGACUAUGCAAUAGCAUCAAUACGUCGUAAUGGUGUUGCAUUAAAAGGAAAUAUUGAAACACGUAGUACAGAAGCUGAAGUUAAAUCUCGUAAUGUUGCACUACGUAAUGAACUUGAUCUUUAUGUUAAUGUACUUCAUUGUGUAUCUUAUCCAGGUGUUACUUCACGUCAAAAAAAUAUUGAUAUUGUUAUUAUUCGUCAAAAUACUGAGGGUGAAUAUGCCAUGUUGGAACAUGAGAGUGUUGAUGGUGUUGUUGAAAGUAUGAAAAUAGUAACACGCCCAAAUUCUGAACGUAUUGCACGUUAUGCAUUUGAAUAUGCCAAAAGAAAUGGUAGAAAAAAGGUGACAACUGUUCAUAAAGCAAAUAUUAUGAAAUUAUCAGAUGGUUUAUUUUUAGAAAUAUCACGUGAUGUUGCUAAAGAAUAUCCUGAUAUACAACACAAUGAUAUGAUUAUUGAUAAUACAUGUAUGCAACUUGUUUCAAAUCCUCAUCAAUUUGAUGUUGUAUUAACAACAAAUUUAUAUGGUUCAAUUGUAUCAAAUGUUUGUUGUGGUUUACUUGGUGGUGCUGGAUUAUUAUCUGGUAAAAAUUAUGGUGAUCAUUAUACUGUAUUUGAGCCAGGUACUCGUAAUACUGGUGGUAAAAUUGCUGGUAAAAAUAUUGCUAAUCCAGUUGCAAUGCUUAAUGCUGCUGUUGAUAUGUUACGUCAUUUAGGACACAAACAUCAUGCAUUAAUUAUACAAAAUGCAAUUAAUAAAACAAUUAAUGCUGGUAUUCAUACACGUGAUCUUGGUGGUACUGCAACUAGUCGAGAAGUCAUUGAUAGUAUUCUCAAGCAUAUUAAAAUUCAAUCAAAUUAAUUAUUUUUUUUUUUUUUUUAUUUUAAAUUAUUUUAUUUUAUCAACAAUAACAAUAGUAAUAAUUUGACAGUUUAAAUUUUUAUUGAUUAACUAAAACAAUAAAACAUUAUUGAUAAUUCAUUUAUUUAUUUAAGCAUGACAUAUGGAAAAUAAUUAAUUUUCAAUUAAUAAUAAUUAUUGUCAAUGAGUGUUUUGUUUUCAUGAUUAAAAUCAUAGUUGUCACGAUUGUUGUACAGUCUAGAAAUGUAAUUGUAUUUCUCAUUAUUUAUUAAUAAAUUAUUGUUGAGAAAUACUUUGUAAUAUAUGGACAUUGUUGUUAUCAACAUAAUUUAAUUAUUAUUUAUAAAUAAAUUCAAAAGAAUAAUAAGUUGAAAUGAAAUAUAUUUAAAAAUGUCAAGAAAAUUAUUUAACUUUUUUUUUAUUUAUUUAUUUUAAUGUUAAUAAUAUUUAUAAAAAAAAAUUAUUCAAAUUGUUAUAAUUAAAUUUAAAUUUCAGAUGAUUCAAGGCUUUUAAUUAUUUUUAUUUUACUUGAUGAUUAAAGGAGGAAUUAAUCAUUAGUUUUUCAAAGUCUAAGAAUUGAUGAAUUUGAAUUAUUUGGAUAAUUUGUUAUUUAUAAAUUAUACAGCAAUUUUUUGAUUACAAGAUAAAUAGUUUUAGUGGAUUUUUGAGUAAAUAAAUGAGUUAAGAGUCUACUCAUUUGAUAUGAUCAAGGUAUACUAGAAGAGCAGGUUCAUUCUACAAAAUAAAUUGUAAGUAUGUAUUUACAUCAUUAAAAAAUAAUACUUUUAUUAAAAUGAUUGAAUUAUUGAUAUUUUUCUAUAUUUCUCUGCAACACAUUAAAUUCUUUUGAGUCCAAAUUAACUUAUUUAUUUUAGAUAAUUUUAAUUAUUGAAAAAUCACAAUCUGAUCAAUAAAUAUAAUUUUUUUAUCAAUUAUUUAAUGUGAACUUGAAUUUAAAAAUAAAAAUAAAAAUUUUUUACUUGACCUACUUUGGAAACUCUUUAAAAAAAAUUAAAUCAAUUGAAUAAAUGAUUACAGAUUUAUUUUUAUCCACAUUUAUAAAUGAAUAUUUUAAAAUUAAUUUUAAAAAUUUACACAAUCAUUUACUUUUAUGUGAAUUAGUCCAAAAACCUCAUGAGCUUUUCAAAAAUAUUUUUUCUACAAUAUCCCAGACAUUGAAUUCAUUGAUGUUAUAAAAAAAAUGAUAAAAAAUUUUUAAAUGAAAUUAAAAUAUUUUAUUACUAAACUUGAUUUUAUUGUAAGCUAUCACACGGUCAAAAUUUUUAAAACUAACAUAAUUUCAAUAAACAUUUAUUAUUUGAUUAAAACAUAAUGAUUUGUUGAUAAUUGAUAAAAAAUUAGUUCAAACAUUAUGUAAUAAUUAAGUUAGAUACUAUCAAUAUUGAUUAUUAUUAUUAUUUUUGAUUAACAAACCUACUUGAGACAAUUAAUUGAUAAUUUUAUAUCCAUAUAGUUAGUAGAUUAGAUAAAUUAAAGGUCAGUUUGUUUUUUGCUUAUAUAGACUUGAUGAUUUUGAUGUUUGAUAUUUUCAUAUAAAACACUGCACUUGUAGUACGAUUAUAUUUCUAGAUCAUUAAUCUACGUAAAAUGUAUAAAUCUGGUGCAGUACAACAUUAACUGUUUCGAGUUUGAUGUGUUGUGUAAUAUUUGUUAAAUAAUAAAAUAUAUUGUAUAUAAAAAUAAGUUAAAAUGAAAAUAUUAUUUAAAA